AGCGAAAGGAGAGAUGGAGUCGACGAGAGGUCUUACCUAAAAAUAUUCCUCAGAUUAGAUUUCCACACACACACACACACACACGCUUAGAGAUGUGUGUGUGUGAGGCGUGAGCACUGGAGCUACAGGAACAUUUAAAUAUACAGUUUAUACCGGAACUGGAUUUUUCUUUUCCUUUCUGGGGAAAAUAUCUAACGUUAAUCUCCAGCUAGCUGCUGCUGUUAGCGGACUGACUAACUGCUUAUAGAGACAGACAGACAGACGGAGAGAGAGACAGACAGAGAGUUUAUUUGGGACUGGUUUUGUAUUCUCCUGCUCGGCUCGAUGGGGAACUGUCUCUCCUCUCAGGGUGCUGAUGAUCUCUCCCCUCUCAACGAGUCUGAGGGAGCGAGUCUUCCCGGAGAACCUCCACCUCCUUAUCAGGAGCGUGUGCAGGUGCCUGUGUACCACCCCACACCCAGUCAGGCCCGUCUGGCCACCCAGCUGACGGAGGAGGAGCAGGUACGGAUCGCUCAGCGCAUCGGUCUCAUCCAGCACCUCCCACGUGGCAUCUUCAACCCAGGCUCCGAACCCUCUGACAAGAAGAUCAAAGAGUGUGUGAUCUGCAUGCUGGACUUUGAGUACGGAGACCCGAUCCGGUUCCUGCCGUGCAUGCACAUCUACCACGUGGACUGUAUCGACGCGUGGCUCAUGCGCUCCUUCACCUGUCCCUCCUGCAUGGAGCCGGUGGACGCGGCGCUGCUCUCCUCCUACGAGACCAACUGAGCCGCGCUCGCUACCACCAAGACACGCCAGCACCUGGAACAUGCCAGUCGAGUCAGCCGGGGGGUCACGGGGGUGUGUGUGUGUGUGUGUGUGUGUGUGUGUGUGAUUCAGUGUGUGUGUGUGUGUACGAGCAAAUGAGUGUUGAUUAGAGGAACCGCUGACCAGACUGGCCAUAGGGACGAACGCAGAAUCAUUACUUGGCCCGAAUCUUUACAUUUAAAUGUGGUUGACAUAAAAGCGAUCACGUUAUUUUAGUCGUUUUCUUUCCAAAAAAAAUGUGCAAUACACACGAGGGGUAAGAAGGCCGCCCCGUGUCUUGAUCGAGCCUCUCCUCACGCUAAGAUCGCCGUGGCUCGCGGCUCUGAAGGUCCUGCUGAAGCACAGCGCUCUUUAAUCAGACUGAAAAUGUGAGAAGCGAAAGUGCCAUGUCUGACAUGUCUGUCUAAUCUCGAACCCCAGCGCACUCUUCACUUAGACCUGCUGUCUUUCUUUCUGUUUGUUGUUGUUGUUUAAUAGAAACAGCACGAUGCACAGAUUGAGGUUUUUCCUUAAUCCUGCUUUAAAGCACCUCGUUAACUUUGGCUGAAAUAAAAAUAUAAGCUGAAAUAAAAAUAUACGAAUAGAAAACACUUCAAGUUUAUAAUUAAACCUAUAAUUUCAUAUUAAUGUAGAAAAAAACUGUGAUAUUGUAAAAUGUCAUGUAGUUCAGGUGUCUCAUUUUUUUUUAUUCAUUCCAGGCUUUCCUUUACAGUUAUAUUUCUGUCCCUGAAAUUGGCUCUGCCCCCUUCCCCAUAGAGAACUGCUCAGCACCUUGGCUCCACCCUUUUUCCCCCCUCAGCACCAGAGGUGAACUAUGCGACUAUGGGAAGAAAAUAGUCGUGUUUGUGUUGUUGUUGUUGUUGUUGUUGUUGUAAAAUCACCUCACGUGCAGCAGAGGACGCUGAAAACUUUAAGACCGCACCUUUAAAAUACUGCACCAUGUAAAUAGGGGCUUGUCUCGUAAGACGCGUUGCCAGAUUGGGCAAAAGAUCGCUCUUUUAAAUGUUCGUUCUGGUGCGUCCUUGCUGUGGAUUUUUCUAGCAACUCCUCAAUACACUCAUGGAGCAGAUCAUCAUGUUUAGACACCGACGUUCGUCAUUGUCGUGUCUUGGUUUCUGUUUUGUCGUGGAACUCCGUUCCUGUGCUGCUGUUUUAGUUCUUUCGCUCUUUGUAGGGUUGCCAGAUGUUUUGUUUUUUUCCGUAACCGUAAUAAAAAUGUAAAAAUAAAUAAAACCAGAAUCGCAUCUCUAGUCCGAAAUCUUCUUCGAAAAAUAUUUGCGAACUAUUUUCUGCCUUAUAUAAUCACUGUACUGUACAUAAAGCUCUUAAUCCACUUGGCUGUGAACUUUCACCUUCAGUCGUGUGUGUGUGUGUGUGUGUGUGUGUGAGCGUUACACCGAGAAAGAAGAAAAAACAACAGAUGAUACAGUCAUGUUUAUGCACCUUUCUGAAUUUGUGUCAAGAGAACUGAAGCUUUAACUUUUUUGGUUUUGGUUUAAAGAGAGAAAAAAUGAACUGAAAAAUUCACGUGUCAUAAAGCGCCUCUGGGUGUUUCAUACGGAUCGAUGUGAGGUCUUUUCGGUCUGUCGGCAGAAAAAGAAGUACAGAUCCCUCACCCGUCCUGUUCUCCGUCACCCUGUGAGACGUCUGUGCUGAAAGAAAAAGAAUAAAUUUGUAUUUUUUUUUCCUGACUUGUUGAGCUGAAAUGAAUGAGGCUCAUUGUGCUGCUCUGUGAUGAAAUAGAAGCUCUAAUGUAUAAUAGAGAGCAGAAUGCUUCACAUGCUAUGUACUCUUUUUUACACAUGACCCUGUGUCAUUUAUGUCCUUUAUGUCAUUUAUGUCCUUUUAAAGAAGACAAAACAAAAACACCAUUUGGACGUCAGAUUGUUUUGUUUUCGUUAAGCAUUUUGUUUAUGAUCUUAACUGAUGCCGUUAUCAAAUGCUGCGUUCAGAUUUUUCUGACAGAAAUAGUUUUGUUCUUUCUCACGUUAUUGAUAAAGUCAACUUCUAUUUGUUUAGAGAUCUCAGACUUGUACACUAUAUUGCCAAACAUUUAGGGACACCCCUCCAAACCGUUGUUUCAGGGGUUGUUCCUCUCACUUAGUUCCAGUGAAAGGAACUCUUCAUGAACUCCUCAUGCUUCAGCUUCAUACCAAGACAUUUUGGACAGUUUCAUGCUUUGUGGGAACAGUUUGGGGAUGACCACUUCCUGUUCCAACAUGAUUCCAAAAUGUCUUGGUAUGAAGCUGAAGCAUUAAGAGUUCCUUUCACUGGAACUAAGAGGCCGAGCUCAACCCCUGAAAAACAACACCUGAAUUCAGGUGUUGGGAGGGGUGUCCCAAUACUUUUGGCAACAGCGUGUCAGUCUCGCUUGAGAAACCGGUGUUUAUUUUCAGUUUUUUAAUGAUCGCACAUGAUUGUGUUGUCAUGAUAAAAAAAAAAAACAGCUACAUUUUUGUAGGGUGGGAGGUGUUGAAAUGGUUACAGGUUGGUUUUGUUGUGUUGAGAAAAUGUUUGGUUUGUUCAAUAUCUCCAAAGUGUUGAUUGAAAAGCAAUGCUUUGGGGUCUUUUGUUUGGAGAAGGUUUGGUUCUUUCAAGAUCUCAGAUCUUAGAUCGUUGUGGGGAAAAAAUUCUGUUUCAUUUUUCCGAGAUCUCAGACUGUUGUCUCGUUUUCUUAAAAUUCUCUUGUUUUCUUUCGGGAAAAUCUCAGACAAUUUGUUCUCUAUGGAAGAUAUUAUUAAUUUUGUGAUCUUGAGUUGGAAGGGUAAUAUUGGCAAGAUCUCAGAUCAGCAUUUUGUUUAUAAAGACCUGGAAGAUGAGGUUUAGUUCUUUCAAGGUCUCUGAUUGUUGCGUAUAUUUUCGUUCAGGAUUUCAACUUUGCAGAGAUUUAAUAUCUCAUUUGUUUGGUUCUGUUGAAGAUCCCAGAUUGUCGUUCUCAGAUAUUGUGGCUUUAUCUCCUCGUUAUCAUCUUGGUGAUGGCUUGAAAUCAGUCACGAGUAAGUUGUUAGCGCAGGAGAAGUAACAGAUAUGUGAAUCAUUUUUAGAGCUGGUAUCGUACAGAACUAAUCUCUUACAACUUAGAAAUACAAACAAACACACAGGAUCAGAUCCUGAGUUCAGCCUCUGAGGCGAAAAUGCUGACACCGAUCGUUUUCCGAAAGCUAGCGUCCACGGAUCUGAUUCUGUCUCGGACACGAUCGGAGCAGAUGAUGAUUGCGAAUGGCCGAAACAGGAAUAUGUCCGAUUUGCCUAAAGACUGAUUUUAUUUUAUUAUAUAUAUAUUUUUAGGGCGCUUAUACUACAUUUCAUCUGAAGUUGAAAUCUGUUUAGAAAAUGUAGCUUGUGUUCAGACUUUUCUCUCUUUUUCUCUUUUUUUUUGGCGCAAAAUGACAAAAUAGUGAGCUUAAUGAACUCAUGUGAAGUACAAUCAUCUUUGUUUUUGUUUUUUGUUUGUUUUAGAUAGAAUAUAUGACAUGGUUUGAUGCCAAGUUUGCUUCAGUAAUGUGUAGUUCUGAAUCUGGGCUGCUAGAUAAGGAUUUCAAGUGUGUGUGUGUGUGUGUGUGUGUGUGUGUGUGUGUUUUGUACAUGUGCAGUAAUGGCACAGCUUUUAGGAAUAUGUAAAGAUGGUGAUGAUGUCGAUGAUGAUAAAUGAAUAAACAAGAAAGUAAAUAAAUAAAUAACAAUUCUUCCAGAUCUUUAAUUUUUUCGACUUUAUUCAUGACUUUGUGUGUUUGUAUUUAUAUUGUUUUCAAAUCGAUCACAUUUUUCUGGAAUAUUCUCGUACACCUCGCUCUCAAACCGUUUGGUUUCGUCCGAAAUGGUUGAGUCAUGGGUUAUGUCCCAAAUUGUGUCCCCUCGUUUAAAGAAGUACACUAGAAAGGCUUUGAAAGACGUUACUAUACGACCUACGUAGUGUAUGUCAGUAGGGAGGAGGAAGCCGUUUCGGAU